AACGCAGAGUACUUCGUCGGUCCGCCAUUCUCGUCAGUCCAAGCUUCAAAACCCUAGAUAAAUAAUCUCCGUCAAAGCCCCAAAAACGUCGGCAUCAGGUCCCUCUCAAUCAAAGUUCAUAAUCUGGUUUCAGAAAGGGGAGAAGGUGAAAGAUGCCACUAUAUGAUUGUAUGCUAUUGCUGAAGCCUGCUGUUAAAAAGGAAUCACUUAUAGAAUUGGUUUCUCGAGUUGGGAAACAUGUAUACAGAAGAAAUGGCGUUAUCACUGAUCUAAAGUCACUUGGAACUGUUCAGUUGGGUUAUGGUAUCAAGAAGCUUGAUGGCAGAUACUAUCAGGGCCAAUUGAUGCAAAUGACAAUGAUGACCCCACCAAGCUUUAACAGUGAGCUUCAUUAUUUAAACAAAGAAGACCGUUUGUUACGUUGGCUUUUGGUCAAACAUCGUGACAUUAAAUUUGGUGGUGAAUUUUUCAAUGAAGAUGAUGGUAGAAGUGAUUUGAAAAUGAUGAGAAGCAGUAUUUAUGAUGUUGGUAGUGAAGAAGAAGAUGAUGAUGAUGAUGAUGAUGUGGAAGAAUAUGAUGCAGCUUUCCAACAACAGAACAAUGAUGUUUGAGUUUGAAUUUGAUAGUUUUUAGGAGUUGAGAUUCUAAUCAUUUUGCAUGACGUGUUUUAAUUAAAGAAUACGUGGUGGUUGUUUCUAUCUUGUUUAGUAUGUUUGUUUGUUGCGACUUGUGAGGCAUCAAUAAAACCAUCUCUUGGAUACCCGUUUUAGGGUUUGAUUUGAAGAA